GAGUGUGGACAUGGGACUUAAUGCAGCUCAUCUGAUGCAUAGUAAUUAAUGAAGCCAGAGCACUUCAGCUGAUUGUGAUCAUCUGCACAGACCCCCUGGAUAGCACCACUCCCAACACAGAGCAAGCUCUUUGUGUGUCCCGGUAGAGGAGAAAGUUAAGUAACUGGAAGCGUGGUAGAGCCGUUCUAGCUACUCAAGCAUUAACAGAUAGUAAUUAAAAAUCAGGACAAGAGCACCAAGAAACCUGAGAGAGUCCAGGGAUGUGACACAGCUCUCUGCCUGGUCUAGAAUUGCUGAGUGUUUGUUCUGGCUGCACAAAGACCAGGAUCCACCUCAAGGGGGCUGACAUGUUAUUUGGCUGACUCAGAGAAGUGAAAGAAUGAAGUCAAGGUAAAGAAACUGCUGUGUGGCAAUUCCCUCCUGCUGCUUUUGUUUCACAGAAGAUCAUUAAACCUUAAAGCGUGAUCAAGGAAUUGUCUACUUCAGCUGUUUGAGUGUGGCAGCGCAAUGAAAACUCGAAGCAUGAAGGCUGGAGACUGAAGGAAAAACUCCCUGGAAAUGAUAACAGUGAAGCCCUUCCAGAGUCUAUCCCAUCUGCUCCUGGAACUCUGCCUCAUUUUAUGGAGGAACCAGAUGAUGCCUAUAUUAUAAAAAGCAACCCCAUUGUCUUACGCUGUAAAGCUAUGCCAGCCAUGCAGAUUUUCUUCAAGUGCAACGGUGAAUGGGUCCAUCAAAACGAGCACGUGUCGGAGGAAAGCAUGGAUGAGACCACAGGCUUGAAAAUUCGGGAGGUGUAUAUCAACGUGACGAGACAGCAGGUGGAGGACUUCCAUGGGCCAGAAGAUUACUGGUGUCAGUGCGUUGCAUGGAGCCACCUAGGGACCUCAAAGAGCAGGAAGGCAUCUGUCCGCAUAGCCUAUUUACGGAAAAACUUUGAGCAAGACCCGCAGGGGAAGGAGGUUCCUAUCGAAGGGAUGAUCGUUCUCCACUGCCGGCCACCUGAGGGAGUCCCUGCAGCUGAGGUGGAAUGGCUGAAGAAUGAAGAGCCCAUCGAUUCCAACCUGGACGAGAACAUUGACACCAGAGCAGACCACAACCUGAUCAUUCGACAGGCACGUCUGUCUGACUCUGGGAACUAUACCUGCAUGGCUGCCAACAUUGUUGCCAAGAGAAGGAGCAUGUCUGCGACAGUUGUGGUUUAUGUUAACGGAGGCUGGUCAUCGUGGACCGAGUGGUCAAACUGUAACGCGCGGUGUGGUCGGGGCUGGCAGAAGCGAUCACGGACCUGUACUAACCCUGCUCCACUCAACGGAGGUGCUUUUUGUGAAGGAAUGUCAGUGCAGAAAAUUACCUGCACUUCUCUUUGCCCCGUGGAUGGAAACUGGGAGGUGUGGAGUGAGUGGUCCGUGUGCAGCCCAGAGUGCGAGCAUUUGAGAGUUCGGGAAUGUAUCGCACCGCCUCCUCGAAACGGGGGAAAAUACUGCGAGGGCUUGAGUCAAGAGUCCGAGAAUUGCACCGAAGGGCUUUGCAUUCAAGAUAAAAAACCUCUUCAUGAAAUAAAAUCCCAAAAUAUAGAGAAUGCCAGUGACAUUGCCUUGUACUCCGGCCUGGGAGCAGCAGUCAUCGCCGUGGCUGUGCUGGUGGUCGGCGUUACCCUUUACAGACGGAGUCAGAGUGAGUACGGCGUGGAUGUGAUUGAUUCAUCUGCACUGACAGGAGGCUUCCAGACAUUUAAUUUUAAAACAGUCAGACAAGGUAACUCCCUGCUUUUGAACUCAUCCAUGCAGCCUGACUUGACAGUGAGCAGAACGUACAGUGGGCCGAUCUGCCUGCAGGACCCGAUGGACAAGGAGCUAAUGACGGAGUCUUCGCUGUUUAACCCCCUGUCAGACAUCAAAGUCAAGGUUCACAGUUCAUUCAUGGUUUCCCUAGGGGUGACAGAGAGGGCCGAAUAUCACGGAAAGGCGCAUUCUGGAACUUUUCCUCAUGGGAAUAAUAGAGCUUUUGGUACGAUACAGUCUAGAAACAAGGCUACAUAUAUUCAGAACCUGUCUUCUAUUUCAACACAAAGCGAGCUGAAGACAACUGCCAUUUUUGGACACCUUGGUGGUCGUUUAGUGGUCCCAAACACAGGAGUCAGUCUGCUGAUACCACAUGGAGCAAUUCCUGAAGAGAGUUCAUGGGAAAUUUACCUUGCCAUCAAUCAAAGGGAGUCCAGCCUGCAGCCGGAAGGCACAGAUGUUCUUCUAGGACCAGAAGUAACCUGUGGCCCCUCAGAUGUGUCCGUCAGCACUCCGUUUGCCUUGACUAUCCCACAUUGUGCAGAAGUAAAUUCAGAGCACUGGAGUAUUCACUUGAAAAAAAGGACACAGCAAGGAAAAUGGGAGGAAGUGAUGUCUGUGGAAGAGGAAACUACUUCUUGCUACUGCCUGUUGGAUCCUUAUGCCUGUCACAUUCUCUUAAACAGCUUUGGAACUUAUGCACUUAUUGGAGAACCCAUCUCUGACUGUGCCGUUCGACAGCUGAAAGUAGCGGUUUUUGGCUGCCUGUCUUGCAAUUCUCUGGAUUACAAUUUGAGAGUAUAUUGUAUGGAUAACACACCUUGUUCAUUUCAGGAAGUGGUUUUGGAUGAAAGACUCCAAGGAGGACAGUUACUGGAGGAACCAAAACUUUUGCAUUUCAAAGGGAAUACCUUCAGUCUUCAGAUAUCUGUCCUUGAUAUCCCUCCAUUCCUUUGGAGAAUCAAACCAUUUACUGCAUGUCAGGAAGUCCCGUUCUCCCGUGUGUGGUGCAGCAACCAGAAGCCGCUGCACUGUGCCUUCUCUCUGGAGCGCUACACUCCUGCCACGACACAGCUGUCCUGCAAGAUCUGCGUCCGACAAGUCAAGGGGCACGAGCAAAUCCUACAGAUCCAGACAUCCAUUCUAGAGAGUGAAAGAGAAAGCAUCACUUUCUUUGCACAUGAUGACAGCAACUUCCCUGCACAGAUGGGCGCAAAAGCAUUCAAAAUCCCCUACUCCAUCAGACAAAGAAUCUGCGCAACAUUUGACACACCCAACGCCAAAGGCAAAGACUGGCAGAUGUUAGCACAAAAAAACAGCAUCAGCAGGAAUCUCUCCUAUUUCGCUACACAACGCAGUCCAUCUGCUGUCAUUCUGGACCUCUGGGAAGCCCGACAUCAACAUGAUGGAGACCUUGACUCCCUUGCUUGUGCACUGGAAGAAAUAGGAAGGACACACUCCAAAAUCUCAGACAUAACAGAAACUGAGAUUGAGGAGCCUGACUUCAACUACAGCAGACAAAAUGGACUUUAGUCCCUUCUUUUCCAUUCAAGAACCGAUGGCCAGCUUUGACUUUUACACUAGAGAAUCUCUUUGGCAGGGAGGAAAUAAGGGUUUCUGCACACUGUAAGGAAGCAGACGCUCAUUUCCACAAUGCAGUUUUCAGCUGGAGGAGCAGAAGAAGCCCUAUUAAAAAUCAUCUCGGUAAUAAGGAAAACACAAGCUCUCCCUGUGCUACAGUCCUCUCUCAUUUAAGAUUCAUAUAUCAAAUUCAAAAACAAAACUACACAUCUAUCAUUGCUCGGGGCAGGAAGGAGUGAUAUACAGAGCCGUACAAGGUAAAUAUUAUGGCAUGAUGUAUUUAAGGAAACAGUGAUGCUAAAGGAGAGUAUAAUGCCUAGUAAUUACCAGCAAAUAUGAUGGUAAAUAUUUAGAGCCACUAGAGGUUAAUCCUGGUUUAAAGGUUUUCUUCUUGGGGCCUUGAGUCCCCUUUGUCCUGCGUUUCCAACUUAACACACUUAAAGAGCGGAUUUUAAAUGUCAGUUUCCUAGCAUCUUGUAGUCACUUUGUAUUUGCUGUAACUGAGCUACAUGACAACUGAAAAUCUGGUCUUAUCCUGUUCAGACAUUUGAGGAAUUAAGAGAUCUUACAACUACUUAAUUGAUAUUAACUACUUAAUUGAUUUCAAACUACAUUCUAAUUAAAAAAAAAAAGUCAGUCCCCCACUGCACGUACCUUUGCUGCAGUCUUCCUGCCUAUUCCCUUAACAAAACGACUGAACAAGGCCGUUCUCUGUGGAAUUAGUGUUCGCGAGUACGUGGGAGAAAUUUUCACUCAGUCAAAAAUGUUUCUUUGGGAGUAGAUUUAAAUAACCAAAUCAAAUUCAGGAGAUUGCCAGCCCUACUUCAGCAAGUUUACACUUGGGGGGGGGGGGGAGUGGAAGCUAAGUUAAAAAGCAAAGGUGAAUUCAAUCAGUACAGCUUAAUUUUGGUUUAGUUUCAGAUUGAAAGGAUAAACCCCACAUAGUACUGCCAAAAAUUGGCUCAGAUUCAUUGUACAGUUUGCAAAUUUUGUAGAACAUAAAGCUGGCUAUGUUAUGCUUGGUUGAGUUAAAAACAUAUUGCAUUUAUCACCAAAACCAGAAUUUAACUAGUGAAUUCUCUUCAUUUUUUAUCCACCUCAUACAAAAAUAAUUUAUUACUUUAACCGAACCAAAAAGAAAACAGCUGUCACUGUGAGUGAGUAGAACUAGUACCAAACCAAAUUUAACCAGUAUUUUCACUCAUAUAUUUUUGAAAAUUAGCCAAGGUGCUUGUUAGCUCUGGCCCAAGGCUCUCAGCUUUGGUGACAGGAGCACAAUCAGUACAAAGCAUGAACAUGAACAAGACCUGAGGAGCUUUAUGGAAAAGUAAGAAAUUGAAAAUGCGAUUUCUGUUGGUUUUUUUUGUUUUGUUUUUAAAACCUCAUAUUUGGCUGAGACCAGCACAACAAGCCACAGGGUGGGUACUCAGUGUGCAAAUCUAUAAUCAGCUGAAACUAUUUCUUUAUCCAGGAUGCCAGUUCUGAAAAGUGCAAUCAACAGCUCUUGAUGUGAGACUUUGCUUAUUCUUGUUGAUCUGAAAUUGCAAAUUUCAUUGCUUUCCCAGCUCAGCAGGCUGGAAUAGCCUUAGACUUACAAAUACGUAGACUUCCCCAAACAUUUUUUGCACUUUAGUAUUUCAUGCAGUCUGACAUCAGAGUUCCUGUUUGCGGUGCGAAAUCAUAAUGGCUGCAGGCAUAUUUAAGACCGAGACAAAAAUACCAGCUUAUUUGGCAGCAAGCUGUCACUUUUUUCAGCAGCACAUGGUACUGUCUGUGUUUGAGUUAUAUUUCGAGUGACUUCCAUUCCUCCUCCUCAGAAACCUGUUUUUCAUUGGACAAAAUGUCAUGAAUAAAAAAAAUAGGGAAUGGCAUCUACAGAAAGCAAUGGAGUUCUAGUGAGCUGUCGUUGUCUGGGAAACCUGCUACAGUCACUCUCCAGCAGUUAAUUUGUUCUCAGCGUCUCCUCAGAUGCAGUUUUAAUUUGGUUGCUGCUUUUUCAAGCUAGCUUAGGUUAGCUCCUACAACAAAGACCUAAAUACUGCCCUGCACAGGCUGUAAGACAGUCGUGCUGUUCUGCGGAGCUGUGUGUGUUGCCUUCUCCUGUUUCACCAUGUGUAGGGUCAAGUGAGCUGCUAUGUGGAGCUUAGACCUUAAAGCCUUUCUCAGGAAGUGCAUAGUGUUUACAGUCAAGACUUGGGUAGGUUUGAAAAUCCUCCCUGUACAGCGACACCCAGCGCUGCUGCUGACCGCUGAGUACGGCUGAGGGAGAGGAACCAGGAGGUGGCCAGAGCCCCACAGCACCCCUGAAAGGGCUGCAGACAGGAGGGAUCUGGGCUGUGCACCAAAAUCCAAGUCAGAGCCAACAACGUCUAGUGUCCGAGUUAAUGGACUGAACAGGAAGAGACACUGAAGUGUCUUACAAUGCCAGAAAAGUAGCUGUUUGGUUUGGGGCCUGAGGUAAGAUUUUAAUUUUGCAGUGCUCAGUGGAGCAUUCCUGCUUCCCCUUAGGUUUCGUUUCCUGGUUUUUGUUCAGUUACACCAAAGCAGCUUCUUUGUUGCUGACCUUCCUUUUGUGAACUGAAACCAAGAACACUGACUUCUUCUAACCUAUUACUGUUUGAUGCCCUGGUAGUGUUUAACUGGACUAGAAAUGCCAUAAUACUUUUGUACCUUUAUCCCCCGGGAAAAGAAUUUGAAACAGUAACUAGACGGCUGGCCUACACGAGUUUACUGAGAUGGACACCUGAGUCUUCUAAGAAAUGCCAUAGUACAUCUGACAAAACACCCAUUUAGCCACAAGUGCCACAAUCCCGUUUUGCUUUUUUUUUUUUUUAAACAGCCUUUCCUUUCCUCUCCAAGCUUUCCUUUGUUUACCACUUGCUGCCUAGCAGUUGCACUGGGCCUUCCUGGUUCCCUGUAAUAAGGAAUACUGAGUAACUGUUACCAAAUCACCUUGUCCACAUUAUUCAUUAUCUUACAGACUUCAUUUCCCCUCGCUCUCUUUUCUAGGCUGAAAAAUCCUGGUCUAUUGUUUCCCUGAACAUCCUUGUUAUUGUCUGUAUCAUCUCUAGUUAUGUAUCUUUUUGGAGAUGGAGUGACCAAUGACCUGUCUGCUAUUCAACAAGAAUGCAGGCUAAAUCACUCAAUUCUUUCAUUUCCUCCAUUUCUCACUGUUCCCACAUUCAGUAUCAAUCACAGAGGAUGAAGAUCUUGCUAUAGCAUAAAGCCACAAGAAAUGCCUGUGAGAGAGUGUGGGACUCCUGAGAACACAGUAAGUGACUUUACUGUGCAAAUGACUCAAGCUAAUACAUCAUCAGAGUGGAUUCAGCUGCCUGAACAUCCAGAAAAUAAAACUGUGAGGAAAAAACUGCGUAGCUUUAAGAUCAGACUGAGAGGUGACAGAGAAUGUCAAAUCAGAAAAUCUUCUGUAAAAAAGAAAGUCCUUGUUCUCCGUGAUAACAAUGGUCAUAGUAAGCAGUAAGCAGACAAUAACUUGAGGUGGAAAGAUAGGCUCAGUCUUUUUCUCUUCCCUUUUCUCCUACUCCUGGGAAAUUUGCAUCUGUUGAUUACCGUCUGUAUCUGGUACAGAUAUGCCUGUUUUCAGAUGCUCCCUUUCUGUUGUUUUAUGUUAGCAUCAUGGGAUGAUAUUAAUAAAGCUUAGCACUUUUAAUUAUAGAGGCUUGUGCCUGUUCUCCUCCCCUUUUCACGCACUGUCCCAGUUUUAGAGAUAGAGAAAUUAUAACAUGGGGGGGAUAUUUCUGCUACCAUAUAAAUGAGCUACAAAUGGAUUUUGCUACCAUUAACAACAAAUAGCAAAACACUAUAAGUAAAAGAUGUUAAAUGUUGUUUUCUUUUGCUUUUUCACAGUAAAAAGCAGCUGAUAAAUUCUGUCAGCUUUUUUCCCCCACAGUCUGCUCUGAGGAUGCUUUGCAAUACAGUGUUCUCACAGAAUGAUAAUUUAGAAUUUGUAUGCAAAUGCUGUACAAAUAGAUAUGUUGGAAAAGAUUAGCAGUCUUAAAAUUCUAAGAGCAUAUUUUUAACAACUAUGUUACGAAGAUUGUUUUUGGAAAUCUGUAUGUGUGUGUAUGUAUGUGAUUUGAUCCAAAACCCAGAUGUAAAGGCGCAUCUGAAGUAGGAUUAGGGGCCAGAAAUUCAAACUCGAUUCUUUUCCUCUAUUUUAUAAACGAUGACGUUUGAAAUAUAACUUUAAAAAGUGUCUUUCACAAACCAAAAAAUUGAAAGAAAGAGAAAUGCAAUGCUGUACACUUCAGAUUCCAUCUAGCUGCCCUGAGCCUGAUGCAGUGAAAUAGCCAUGUUGAUUUUACAUCACCAAAGAAUCUGCUCGAGUAUUUUUUCAUCUUCCUAAGCACUUCCAGAUACUUCUGUACUGUGAGUCAUUUAAGACUAAUAGUUACAUUUUUUAAAUGACUUACAAUUUUGUCACUAAAAUGGUGCACUUCACAGCUUUGCCAGACUGCAGCAUCGUAAAGCUAAUUUACAGUUUUUACAACAUUGCUUUUGCAGUCUUACUAGUUUACAUUAAAAUCCUUUAAGCCACAAAGAAAAGAACCCUGCUCUGUAGAUUUAAAUUCUAACCUCAUUUACCAGCGCAAGUCCCAUAAAGCCACGAUGUACUCCUACAAAAAUGUUAUUGGACUUCUUGUAAUAGAUGGAAAGAUAUCAACACAACUCUCUUAAAAUACUAAGAACUAUUUUUGUUAAUAUUUUUAUCUCUGGCAGCAGCUGGUCUCCUCCUCCAUGGGCCUGUGCACAGCUUGUUUUCAGCAUGUUAAGAGAGAAGCUAAUUCAGCCUAAGUGGCUGGAACAGGGAUCUCUUCGUAGGACUAUGUGGGCCUCAUACCAGAGGUCCAUUCUCGUUUAUGUUUGUUUGUUUGUUUGUUUUUGUUUUGUUUUUGCUUUUGUUUUCAGGUGAAAGACAUUGCUGUUAGAGAGUUUUAAAACAUUCAGUAACUGAUUGGCUCCAGCUAUUAUCUUCCACCAGAAAAAAAUGUAGCUUAGGUAUACAGUGAAGCUAAAACAAGUGAGAAACUGUUGGGGGACUUCUUGUCAUAAUUUGAAUUAUUUUUUUCAGUCUGUUUCAGCCUGUAAAACAUAGAGUUAUUUUUAAGCAAAUGACUGCAUUACGUCUUGGACAGUAAUUAACUAAAUGAAAAGAGGAAAUUAUAUCUAAGUCCUUAACAACUGUGAAUGAUCUGAAGAUUUGUCUUUCUAGCCUUUGUUUUACUCAUUAGGAUUAUACCUAGGAAGUUCUCACACUUGUUACACAGUAGUCGAGAUGGUUAACAUUAUUCACCGAGAACCUUUUGCACGUUAAAGCUGCUGAAGAGUGUUUUCUAUGGGAUGUUUGUUUGUGAUCUAUGCUUGGUAAAAUUACUCCCUUGACACGAUUCCUGCUUCAGGAGAGGCUGGCGGUGUUUCUGCAGCAGCAUGUAAAAUGGCACAUAUAUCCUCUCCUGCAUAGGUAAUGAUUGUCUAGUUAAAAAAUACCUAGAACUUAAAGGUUUCCUGGAUAAAUACAGUAACUCCACCAGCAGGUACAUGGCACACAACACCCACAGCAACAACAACCAAACCUCAAUCCACUGGCGAAAGAUCAUGAAUCAUUUUCUAAUACCGCACAGUCUAGCUUUUCUCUCUCAUUACCAACACUAACAAACAGUAGCAAAAAUCUCCUUUCCAACAUGGACAAACAUAAAGAAACCGCUCUAAGAUUAAAGAAUCGCUUAGAGAAGCAUUUGAUAGUAACAGUGCCCGCAAUGCAGAAAACAGAACUGAUGUUCUACUCAUUGCCACAAGAAAAACCUAUCAAUAUUCUUGUUCACUGUUCUGUCCAAAAAUAAAAUACAUGUCUAGGAAUUUGCCACUAUAUUUUUUGUAUUAGAGGUGAAUAGUACAGACUUUACUAGUGUUUCUUGUCUGGGGCUUGGGUGGGUAGGGGUGUAUUGUAAUUUUCAAGCUAUUGCAAAAGCUGCAUUUAAAUAAGCUGUUCAGUUGUAUUGAAUAACUGGUUUGUGCUUUACAAGGGAAUCCAGGUGAGCCAGGAUUCAAUGGGUAGCCUUCUUGCCUUGCUGUCACAGGGUAACUAGAGCUGAAGUCACUUGUGAAAAUUUAGUUAAGGGAUCGGGAGAUUAGAUGACCCAUCCCUGAUCUGUAAUGUAGUGUACUGUAAUCUAAUGAGAUUAGCCACUCACCUACUGUAGAACUGUGGUUUUGUCAGCAGCUACUUAGUUUGUCUGCCCCUGGUGUGGUAACCUUGGUUGAGAAUGUACUUCUGCAGAUUUAAGAAGAUGUCAACCCCCCGUGUUACCUGGUCUCUGUAUAUAAAUCUUAUUGUCUAAUCCCAAAAGGAAAAGUGUAGCAGAAUAGGAAGUUCAGGGUGCUGCGCACCAGGCCUGGUGUAAGUUUUUUCUGAUACAGCAGGAGGGGGAAGACAUGAAUCUAACAGCAAGCGUAUUUGCUACAGAGAACAAGAAUGUUUCCUAACAAAUCCUCACUUAGAACUGGCUGAAGCUUUGUUUUUUCAGUUUAAAAUUGUAAGACCUGGUGUUUCCCUUACUGAAGUUUGGAAUAUUAAUGUAACGAUGAUGGCAUCUUCCCAAACCGUGCUUUCAGUUUUCCCCCAUUUGUGCACUGAAGUUGGAAGGGGAGGGAGGAAUAUUUUUACGUGCGUACUUUCCACUUUCAGUCAAAGAAGCAGGUACCAUCACUGAAUCUCACAGUUUCCUAAUGCAUCAGUAAGCAGUACACAGGUGCCUCACUGGGGAGGUGGCGUACUCCUGGUAUGUAUUUGGGAAUAAUAAACUGGCACCACAUACCUUGUGACUUGGGAAAUGCAGUCACCUUCUCCCACCUCUUAAUCAAAUUCAUUCCCACUCCAACUCUGAUCUCAGUUUACAAAUGGGUACAAAAACUUUAAAUGCACACCUUUUUUAAUUCGAAUGAAGUAAAAUUGAAUGCUGGUCAGUCUGUCGAGACUUAAAUCAGUGUUUUUCAUGGCUAGAGCUACCUAACUGAAAAUUUCCAUUGCAUUUCCAGCUUCCCAAACUUUUGACCAGCCUUUUGACAAAAUGGGGAGAGAGGAACCUCAACCUAAACACACACACAAUAAAUAAAUAUUAAAAUCACACACACACUAAAUAAAUAUUAAAACCACUAUUCCUGCAUAGUGAGACAUACUUUCUCUUCUGCUCCCCUAUUUAUACAGUGAACUGGUUCUGAAAUGUUGACUUUUGCUCAGUCAACUGCGCAUUCUUCCCUCCCCCCGCUUCUCCCCAUGGUUUGUUUAGAACUGAAAAAAGAGCAGAGGUUUGAUUGCUUUCUAUAGUAUGAAGCUGAAGGAGUAAGGAGGAGAGCUAGAAGAACAUUAAAUGAGAAGCAUGGCCUUGGCUUCAUACCACACUUUCUGUGCCUUGUUCUAUCGAUGUAAAUUCUGAAUGUUGUACAGUAAAAUACUUGGGAAAGACUCCUUGGAAAAGGCUGCACUGGCUUCUUUUUUCAGCACAUGUACAUAUAUAAAUAUAUAUACAUAUAUAUAUUUGGUAAUGCCAAACAGCUGUGUUAUAUUGUACUGAAAAUGUAAUAAUGGACAGUUUGGAUGUUUUAUGUAGAGUUUGCAAAAAUUGUAUGGCUAUAGCCUUUUGAAGAUAAAUGUACAGACAUAAAUUACUGCAUAUCAGUUAUUUAUGAAUAAAGAGUCUUUUACUGACAUCUCA